AUAAAGCCCAGCAGGCUGUCAGCCGCCAUUCAACGGUACCACCCACUGCUAACCGAACAAUAAUGGUUACGUUUGCGUUUGUUCUUUUGACCGCUGUCGUGGCAGCUCUGGCGAAUCCAGACUUGCUGUACGAUUUAGAAGACGCGGAAGAACAUUUUCAAGAAUUCAUCGAUUUGUACGGAAAGCAAUAUAAUAGUUCUGAAGAAAAGGCAUAUAGGUUCGAAAUAUUUAAGCAGUCUCUUAUAAAGCACAACAAACAAAAUUUGGAUAACCCACUUGCUGACUUUGGGAUCCAUGAGUAUUCUGAUUUAUCUCCUGACGAAUUCGGGAAACUCCGAACUGGUUACGUUCCACUUGGCGGCGAUAAUUGUAAAUUACAGCAGACACCCGAAGACAAUCCGCCAGCCAGCUGGGAUUGGCGAAAUUAUAACGCUGUAGGACGUGUUAAAGCUCAGGGACAAUGUGGUUCCUGCUGGACUUUCUCUGCAAUUGGUAAUGUGGAGGGCCAAUACGCCAUUAAACAUGGGAGCAUAAUACAUUUAUCUGAGAAACAACUCCUCGAUUGUGAUACCGAAGCAGCCGGCUGCGAUGGAGGAUGGCCGAGGCAGGCUUUCACAUUUCUCCAACAAGUUGGUGGAGUGAUGACGGAAAAAGACUAUCCUUACAGUCCUGUGCAACAGAGAUGCUCCUUUGAUAAAAGGAAGGUGAGGGUUCAAGUGACCGGGUGCGACAAGUGGCGCUUCUCGAAUGAGGAAGACAUCAAAAAAGUGCUGCACAAACGCGGACCUUUGUCAGUCGUUAUCGAUGCUACCGACAUGGGUGGUUACAAUGGGAAACUCGUAACUAAAUGCCGUCAUUAUCCAGGAUCUCGUGGACUUCAUGCAGUGCUAUUGGUGGGCUAUGGUUCUGAAAAUGGCGUCAACUACUGGGUAUUCAAAAACUCGUGGGGCACCACAUUUGGCGAGAACGGCUACUUCAAGGCGCAGCGAGGAAUCAACAUCUGCGGCUUGUUGGAUUUCUAUGUCUCCAGUUCUAUAAUUGCUUGAAGCGUUUUUGAUCACUAUCUGUACUAAUAAAUCGGCGU